UUAAGACGCGUGCCUGAACGACAUCGCGUAACGCUGGACAAAGGCUUGCACUUUUGCACUCAUUGCACUUCUUCUUUCCCUCACACCCACACCCUUCGAUCAUACCGCCAUCAUGGAAGCCGAAGCGCUCGCGGCCGAGAUCGAAGCACAGGUGCAGGAGUGGUCAAGCAACAGCAACGACUGCUUCACGGUCGAGCUGAAGCGCGGCGACGGCAGCAUCGCCGCCUCCUUCCAACCCGACUUCACCUACCCCAUCUUUGGCGAGGAAGAGGCCAUCUUCGGCUACCAAGAUCUCGACAUCAACCUCUCCUUUGCCGCGCACAACCUCAAGCCGCAUCUCACCAUCAGCUACGAGAAGAAGUUCCCCGCCCAAGGCGAAGUGAAGCCGACCGACAUUCAUGAAGCCCUGCGCGACUUUCUGCCUGAUGUCGCCUUUUCGAGCUUGAGCACCGAUGAAGCGCUACAGGAUGAUGACGCAGCAGAUUUCACACCACCCGGCGACAAGAUUCACGAGUACUCAAGAGGCGGAGACAAGUAUGAGGUGUGGUGUGCCAGCCUGUCCGACCCCGCGGCGAAGGAGCUGUUGGAGAACAUGCAGAUUCUCGUUCCCAUGUUCAUUGAGGGCGGGUCGACGUUGCAAAUAGAGCAGGACUGGACAACGCAGCGGUGGAAGCUCUAUCUCCUUUACCACGUCCAAUCCGACGACAGCUCACCAUCCUCUUCCCCAUACUCACUCACCGGCUACGGCACCUCAUACCGCGUCUUUACCUUUCCCGAUCGCUCAAAGCCGCUCCAGGCCGACCUGAACGUCUUCCUACCCUCUACACAAUCCGUGCUGGACUUCCUCCCGCCCUUAGAAAGCGCGGUACCCAACGACUUCACGCCAACCGCCUACCCCAAUAACAUCUCCUCGCCCCUCGACCUUCCAAGCCGGGAACGCCUCUCCCAAUUCCUCGUCCUUCCAUCCUUCCAGCAUGGCGGGCACGGCCAAGAGCUGUACCACGCCAUGUACACCCAUCUCACCAAACCCUCCAACAUCCGCGAACUCACCGUCGAAGACCCGAACGAGAGUUUCGACGAUCUGCGCGAUCUCUGCGACUUGCUGCACCUCCGCGCCCACGUGCCCGAAUUCGCCGCGCUGCGCAUCAACACCGACAUCACCUCCGCCAACCUCACCGCCAGCGAAGCAAUACCCACAAGCCUCAUCAUCCCCACCGAAAUCCGCGACGCCAUCCGCACCACCACCAAAAUCAUGCCGCGCCAGCUCGACCGCCUGAUAGAAAUGCACACCCUCUCCUUCAUCCCGCCGCUCCACCGCUCCCGCAGCCGCAUCACGCGCAAAGAAAAGGCCAGCAACCCGCUGGACCGCAUGUACUACUUCUGGCGGCUGUACGUCAAGGAGCGGCUGUACAUUUUCAAUCGCGACCAGCUGGUACAGGUGGAGCGGGAGGAGCGGUUUGAGAAGUUGGAGAGCGCGGUCGAUGCGGUUGUGGAGGGGUAUGUGAAGGUGCUUGAGAAGGUGGAGGAGAGGGAGAGGCGGGGUUUUGGUGUUGCGAAUGGGGAGGCUGAAGUGGUUGAGGGGGCGUCGCAGAAGGGGCGGGAACGGAAGCGAAAGGUGGUUGUUGAUGAUGAUGAGGAGGAAGACGAGGAUGAUGCAGAAGGCCAGAACGGGAUCGUCAAUGGGCAUAAGAAACCGCGGACGGGAUAGUCAUGGCCACCAAAGCCAAGCGCAGCUCGUGGCGAGGUUUGUAGUUAAGCGUGGCGUUGAGUGCCUAUCGCAUCGUGUAGCCAUAUCACCAUGAAGAAUUAUCGGCCAGCCAAGAGCAGGCUAGAUAUGAUUUGAAG